CACGCGUCAACGCAUAUAGGCACCAGUAGAAGACCCGCAACUAACUAACUAACUAACAAAAAAAUCUUUAAUCAUUUACUAUUAAAAUGACGUCGUUCACAUAAACCGAGUCAAGGGCAAAGAGGUUAGCGUGUGAAAGAAAAGAAGUUCCUGGAAACAACAGAGGAGUGAGGUGGGACUCAAAGAUUCCUCAGAGGCUUCACAACCUCACACAGCACACAGCAGUUGGUGUCAUCCAGAUUACAGUCACAGCUCGGCGGAUUGAAGGAGCCAUUCAAUCCGACAAAUAACUUUGGACAAUGUGGUUGCGUCAACAGCAAUAGGUAUGAGCAGUGGAUUUUUAUAUCCUGUGUAAAGCAAAUUUAGCAAACUGCAACAACUUCCUCAUAAGCUCAGAGCUAUUGACGACUCUGCUUCAGCCAUGAGUGGGAAGGGUUGUCAGCUCCUGGUGUCUCCUUGCAGCGUGUCCCCGUCACUAAGUAUGAUCAGAGGACACCAGUCCCAAUCCAUCAGGAUACCCAUGUCUAUCCCACAACGGGACGAUCUUAGUCCCUCCUCGAGCGUGGAGAAAGUGAAAAAGGGAGCCAUGCAAUCCUUUGGUUCUGAAAAACAGAGCGAAAGCCAUGUUCUCCUGCCAACCGUGAGCCUCCGCAGACAGGUGUUGACCAACGGCAAACAUAUAAAUAUUUCGACUGCAUCCCCACACCAGCAAGUGCCAACUUAUCAUCCUACAUCCACCAUACAGAUGGGACGCUGCUCCAUUAACAACAGCUUCAAAGGUGCAAACAAAGCAGGUUGCUCUGUGUCUGGGCCUACCAUGGAAGUAUUUGGUCAGCCAGCCACUGCUAACCUGACAGUGGCCAGCAGUCCUGUGACCCUUGUCAGAGGCCAACGGUGUACUGCAGGGCUGUCAGCACAACACCCUCCAUCACAUCCACACAGUGUGCCGAUUCCCCACACUGAUGCCAGAUCCUUACAGUCCAGAGAGUCCCUGGCAUCCACUACCCUUAGUCUGUUUGAAACACAGUCGAUGUUUAGUGGCAGACAUGACUGGUCGUAUGGUUACCGGGUGCUUCCGCCACUGGGUCUACCUCAGUGCUCCACGCAGGCCAGCGAGGGAGGUGAGCAGCCAAGCCUUCCUCCUGGCACGGCCAUGUCCGGCACAACUAUAUCAGGUGGCACUAGCACCUCUGCCUCCCUGCCCUCGUACCUCUUUGCAGGUGAUGCCGGAAGCCCCAGACAGUCUCGCGCUAAGAAAAGAGCUCUCUCCAUGUCGCCAUUGUCAGAUGUCAUGGGUAUUGAUUUCAACUCCAUCAUACGCACCUCACCAACUUCACUUGUGGCUUAUAUCAAUGGUGCUCGCAUCUCUCCAGCCUCCCACCCCACACUCUCACCUGUCCAAUCAGAGGGUUACGGUCACUUCCUGGGCGUGAGAGGCCGCUGCAUCCCCUACGCCCAUCCCUACAGCACGCCAGGUUCUUUGCAGGCCUCGGCCCCACACACAGAAUAUGGUCGUAUGCAGAUGCUUGAAGAGGGAGGGGGUCUGGAGAGCCAGAUGGCUAACAUGAUGGUGGACCAGCAGUGCCUCCCAGGGGAAGGAGGGACGCUGGAGAAGACUUCAGAGAGCUGCAGCCAAACCAUCAACAACCUGCUGCCACCUCAACCAUUUCAGGCAGCCCUGCUGACUACUAUCCAAGAAGCUGACACUCUACAUGGGCCUCCACCGCCCUACCACUCACCCCAACACACCCACCUUACUAGACGUCACUGUAAAAUAAAGCCCCCUUCUCAGGACCCGCUCUCACAUGCUCCCACGGUUUAUCCCAGGCAUGGAGUGAGCAUUCAACCGCAGAUCCCUAUGCUGGAGGAGGAAGAAGGAGAGCUGGAGGACUAUGGGACCCACAGCUGUAGGUGGAUAGACUGCAGAGCAGUCUAUGACCAAAGGGAGGAGCUGGUAAGGCAUAUAGAAAAGCAACACGUGGACCAGCGGAAGGCUGAGGACUUCACAUGCCACUGGGUGGGCUGUCCACGCAACUUCAAGCCCUUCAAUGCCCGAUACAAGCUUCUUAUCCACAUGAGGGUCCAUUCAGGAGAAAAACCCAACAAGUGCACGUUCGAGGGCUGCAAAAAGGCUUUCUCUCGGCUAGAAAAUCUGAAGAUCCACCUGCGUAGCCACACGGGGGAGAAACCCUACCUGUGUCAGCACCCAGGCUGCCACAAGGCCUUCAGCAACUCAAGUGACAGAGCUAAGCACCAGCGUACACACCUGGACACAGUGAGUGGCAACCUUGCACAAACAUGCACAAUUAUGGAUGGAAUGAUGUAUUUCAAAGCUUGUGUAUGUGUGUGUGUGUGUGUGUGUUUGUGUGUGUCUGCCUCUAUGUGGAGUCCUACAAGUUUUCAUAUGUCUGUGGUUGUACAGAAGCCAUAUACUUGCCAGGUGCCUGGCUGCGCAAAGCGUUACACUGAUCCCAGCUCCCUGAGGAAACACGUAAAAUCCCACUCUACUAAAGAACGACAGUUACGGAAGAAGAUGAAAUCCACUGCUGAUGUGACUCAGGACUCACUGACAGACUGUUUAAACAUCCACCCUUUGCAACCAAGCCUUUCUCCUCUGACAAGGAUAGACUCUUCCCCUGGUGCAUCCCAUGAGUCCUAUUCUACUGCUCUACAAGACUCCUCAAGCAAUCCUCACCUGGGUCUGUUGUGCUGCUUUCAAGAUAAUUACAGGUUUCCUGAUCCCUCCCCUCACCAGCUCCUCCCCGGGGACCAGUGUGGGCCUUGCUCUCCCACCUGCCUACCGCAUGCUCCCAAUGGGACAUCCCUACAGAACAACCUAGAUCUGAAGCAGCCCAGCGAGCCUCCUGAUCUGGCAGAUUACAAUCCAGAGGUCUCAGGGCAGAUUAAGAUGCUAUAUUCUCCUCCACAAUAUGGAGGGAUCACGGCACAGACUAGCUCGAGUCACCUGAUGCAAGUUGAUGCCUUUGGUGACAGCCUCGCUCCAGCAGUCAAUAAUCCCAAUGGGGUGGCCGCCUUAGACACAGCUCUUUCCUGCAUUACAGGAUUUGAUGUCCACAGUCAAGCACAGGAUGUGGAUCCUAAUCAAGAAUUGCAUGGAGGGGAUAUCUUCAGCGUAAUGGACCACUGCACAAGCCUGGUCUCCUGCAUCUACACAGAGGGAUGAUUAUUAACUCAAUUGUGGGGUUUGUUCCGUUGCACUAUUUUGUGUCCCUGUUCCAUUUAAGUGAAAUGAUCGAAUAGGAAGAACACUUUAGAAGACGCCACAACGUUGCGGCAGUUUCAUUUGGCAAUAUAAAAUUAUUUUUGAUCAAUUGAUUGAUAAAGGAAUUGACUUUCAUUCUCAGUGCAAGUCUCUCUCUCUUUCCCUCUCUCUCUCACUAAAUCUCUAUAAAUGUACUGUCUGACUCAACACUCUGGUUUCUGCCUCCAUAAUCAAUGUAUACUAAUGACUGAGGUUACAGGAUUUUAAUGUUUACUUUCUUAGUUUGUAUACAGCUUGUGUAUAACAAUGUACAUGUAGUAAGUAUUGUACUUCAUGUAGUUUUUGGUGACAUGUUGCGCAAUAUUUAACACUUUAAUCAAAGCAAAGUAUGCAAGGGAUCUUUUAUUAAGGUUUUUCUUAGAACCAUGGCAUUGUAACUAUAGUAACAAGACAGGCUUACCAUUUCACUUUAAUGUUCAUAGACAUAACCUAUUAUUUGAGUAUGGUACUGUAUGUGCUGUGAUUUCUUCUGUGCCUUCAUCAUGAGGUGGAUUUUAGUUGGUGACUAUACAAGAGAUUUUGCAUAUUUUAGUUCAUUUACUGUAAAUGUCUUGCAGUUCACAUUGUAGUUGACUCUUUCUAAAAGCAUGGCAUAGCGCUGUGCAUUGUUUUUAACCUGGUUUUUUUGUUUGUUUGUUUUUUACAGCUGUUCAUCUCAGUUCAUUUCAAUGUGGUAUGAAGAUGUACUUGAACUUGUGUGAAGGUACAUUACUGUUGCAUGUUAAUGCAGUGAAGACUUUUCAAUCCAGUUUGCACU